CAGAUAGUAAAGUUUAUUAUAGCAAAGUUAGAAAUAUGAAAAGGUCAAGAAAACGAGAAAAAACAUCAAAUAAACGAAGAAAAACAAUUAAUUUACCAGAAAUUUGCAUCGAAGACGAUUAUGGCGGUGAAUUAGACCAAUUAUCAACCAGUUUAAUUCAAUUCCCACCAUCAGUUGUUGAUGAUGAUUCCGACACCAGCGAUGAAUUGCCUCAAGUUCUGAGCAAAGUUAAAUCGGAGAAGAUAAUGAAGGGUGACCUCGUGUGGGUGAAACACAAUGUGAAGAAUUGUUAUUGGCCGAGUUACGUUAAGUCGGUUGAAGGAACGAAGAUAUCGAUUUAUUUUAUUUCAUACAACAAGUUCACGAAAGGUGAAAGAUCAUGGAAAUAUAAUAUAAAAUCAAAGAAAAUCAAAAGGUUUGACGACGGUGAUUUUAAAUUGAUGGUUGAAGCUGGAAGGCGACAUUAUAAUAAGAUAAACGAUGAGAACGGCCUCGCAUUGUUUAACAAUGCUGUUGAUCUUGCUGAGACUUACUCCCUUGAAAGAUGCAAAGAUUUAUUAAAAGACGAAAAAGAUAUUUUAAAAUAUUUUAACUCCAACGGGUUUUCUGUUUGUUACGAGCAAUGCCUUGAGGAGCAUAGGGGCGGGGGUGGUGAGGGGGUUGUCACCCCUGGUGUUUCUAUGACCCCUAGUGACCCCUCAACCCCAGAUAACUGUAUGACCCCUUGUGACCCUGCGGCUCCAGUUGACCCCACGACCCCAACUGAUCCCACCAUUCCCAAGGACCCUGCGACCCCUGAUAACCUUGUGACCCCUAAUGACCCCGUCACCCCUUGUGAUCCCCUGACCCCUGGUAACCCCACAAAAAGGAAAAUUCCUGACAACCCAUCAUUAAAAUAUUUCAAUCGAAGAAAUGAAAAGAUAGUUUGUUACAUCACAGAAGGCAAGUGUGACAAAACAAUGGUCAAAGUUUUCAAUCAAGAACAAAAAUCACCACGAAUGAAAUCGUAUCUUCGUAAGUGGGGGAAACUACCAGGAGAAUCCCGGGGGAAAGAUUUGGAUUAUGUUUAUUUUGAAGAUGAGAAACAAUUGAAGGUCGUUUGCGAUUAUUUGGGGAAGUUUGUAGCCGAUAAUUGUGGAAAACUUAGUUUGAUUGAAUCUGACGAUUUAAUUUUCCGAGUUCUUCUUCCUGAGGCAACGAUCGAAUCGAUAUCUAAAGUUCAACGUCGUAAACCCAGUGAUGCGGAAAAGAUUUAUACGAGGGGUUAUAAAGGUCGCAUGGUGACCUUUGACCCCUGUUUGACCUCACCACUUACAGAAGACGACGAAACAAAGAUGAAAAGAAGAAUAAAAAAUUUUGCUUUUUAAUUUAUUUCAUAAUUUCUUGUGUGGUAAUUGUUGCAGUGAUAAUUAAUGAAGUGUUGUAAUGUUAAAUUCGCCAGAACAAGAUUAGCUGCUGACGUUGGCAGCAGUGUAAUAAAUUUAGUGGUCUUGGGAACACUCCCGCACCCCAGACAA